CUUUCAUCAAGCUCCCUCGCUAUGCAUGUGAUCAAGCAGGGGACUCUUAGGGACAAACCACUAUUUCCCUUGUGACCCUCCUUAUCUCUUUGGUAAACUCCAUUAUAUUGGGAAAUCAACUUCAAAAAGUGUUUACUCAAACAUGAAACUCACUUCUUUCUUUAGCAAAUUCUUCUUCUUUUCUAUUAUUGCAGGAGUUUCAUUGGCGACUUCUUAUGAUGGACCCUUGUACGAUUUUACUGCUUACACUGAGUGUAAAGAGGUAGCAGAGAAGCCACUUUAUGAUGGAGGAAUUCUUAAAGAUGAGUAUCCGGAGAACUUGAAUUUCAUUGUUAACUCUGUAACUAUGGCUCAUAGCACACCAGCUUUUAUAUUGCAUAAUCUCACCAUUGGAACCAUCUACUGUUUUUCUGCUUGGAUCAGGAUUCAAGGGGCUUCUUCGUCGCUCAUUCGGGCGAGCCUCAAGACAGAAAACGAGACAUAUAAUUGUAUUGGAACAGUUUUGGCCAAGAGUGGAUGCUGGUCAUUUCUUAAAGGUGGAUUCACUCUUGAUUCACCUUCUAACUUAUCUCUAUUAUCCUUUCAGAAUGCUGAUGAUGAUAGAGACAUCAAUGUAGAAAUUGCUAGUGCUUCAUUGCAGCCUUUUACUGAUCAGCAAUGGAGGAUCAACCAAGAUUAUAUAAUUAACACUGAAAGAAAACGCGCUGUGACAAUACAUGUCUCGGAUGAACAUGGAGAUAGAAUAGAAAAUGCAGCAAUCACCAUAGAACAAGUCUUCAAGGAUUUUCCAUUUGGUUCUGCAAUAGCAAGUACUAUUCUUGGAAAUUCACCCUAUCAGAAAUGGUUUGUUGAGAGAUUCAAUGCAGCAGUGUUCGAAAAUGAACUGAAGUGGUAUGUAACAGAACCUGAACAGGGGAAGCUAAACUACACCUUAGCAGACCAGAUGUUGGAAUUUGUUAGAGCCAAUAAAAUUAUUACUAGAGGCCACAAUAUAUUCUGGGAAAACCCUGUAUACACACCAGCCUGGGUUCGCAAUCUUACAGGCAGUGAUCUUCUAUUAGCUGUCAACUUGCGUAUACAAAGCCUUAUGGGCAAAUAUAGAGAAGAGUUCAUACAUUGGGAUGUUAGUAAUGAGAUGCUUCAUUUCGACUUUUAUGAGCAAAAACUUGGCCCUGAUGCAACCUUGCAUUUCUAUGAGACAGCACACCAAGCAGACCCUUUGGCAACCCUUUUCAUGAAUGAAUAUAAUGUCGUGGAGACUUGCGGUGAUGUGAAUUCGACAGUUGAUACUUACAUUUCAAGAUUAGAGGAGCUCAAACGUGGUGGGGUGUCACUGGAUGGCAUAGGCCUAGAGAGUCACUUCACCAUACCAAAUCUGCCUCUAAUGAGAGCUAUCCUGGACAAACUGGCUACUCUAGAACUGCCCGUUUGGCUUACAGAAGUCGAUAUCAGUAGAACACUCGAAAAGCAAACACAGGCUAUUUAUCUAGAGCAAGUAUUGAGAGAAGGCUUCUCACAUCCAUCUGUGAAUGGUAUAAUGCUUUGGACUGCACUGCAUCCUAAGGGUUGUUACCAAAUGUGCCUGACUGAUAAUAAUUUACAGAACCUCCCAGCCGGUGAUGUGGUCGACAAGCUCUUGAAAGAAUGGCAAACUGGGGAGGUAAAUGGUCAGUCAGAUGACCAUGGAUCAUAUAGCUUUUAUGGUUUCUUAGGAGAGUACAAAGUGAGUGUUACUUAUGGCAACAGAACUGCAAAUUCUACAUUCUCACUCUGUAGAGGUGAUGAAACUAAACAUGUUGGCAUUAUAUUGUAGUUUAAAGCAUUUUGCUUUUCCGUGAUAUCAGUCAAAUGAAACAACCUCAUAGCACAUUGUGAAUUUAUAAUUUGCAAAAUCACACUGGUUGAGAAACUUCUUAUACUGUGAUUUCCUUGUAAUGUUAACUGCCUCUUAGCAAGCAAGAAGGCAACACUUACCCUUCCAUAUCUGUGCUUGUAAUCUUCUGAGGAUUCAGCAAUAUGCUUUUACA